UUCGUUUACAGAUGUACUGAAUUAUUUCUAUCAUAGGCCAUGAUUCUAUGAUUUCUAUGCACCGAAUUAAUUGUACCUAUUGUAUUGUAUUGUAUCCUAUAGAAUAAGCUAUAAAAAUAAUUUUCACAAUGGCGAAUGGUCCAAUUGCAGAACGGAAUCGAGACGCUACAAUUUACGUUGGGGGUUUAGAUGACAAAGUUUCCGAAUCAUUAUUAUGGGAGCUUUUUGUGCAAGCCGGACCCUUAGUGAAUGUUCACAUGCCUAAAGACAGAGUUACAAUGAUGCACCAGGGUUACGGGUUUGUAGAAUUUAUGGGAGAAGAAGAUGCAGAUUAUGCUAUAAAAAUUAUGAACAUGAUAAAGCUGUAUGGAAAACCGAUAAGGGUUAAUAAAGCAUCAGCCCAUCAAAAGAAUCUGGAUGUGGGAGCAAACAUAUUUAUAGGAAAUUUGGAUGCAGAAGUGGAUGAAAAGUUAUUGUAUGAUACUUUUUCCGCGUUUGGAGUCAUAUUACAAACUCCAAAGAUAAUGAGGGAUCCUGAAACGGGCAACUCCAAAGGUUUUGCUUUUAUUAAUUUUGCAAGUUUUGAAGCCUCUGAUGCAUCUAUAGAAGCUAUGAAUGGGCAAUAUCUGUGUAACCGACCAAUUUCUGUAUCAUAUGCAUUCAAAAAAGAUUCUAAAGGAGAACGGCAUGGUUCUGCUGCCGAGAGAUUAUUGGCUGCCCAGAACCCAUUAUCUCAAGCUGAUAGACCUCAUCAACUGUUUGCUGAUGCUCCACCAAUGGGUAUGAUGCCUCCUGGAAUGUCAAUGGCACCACCACCACCCCCAGUAUUGAUAAUGCCGCCCCCACCUCCAACCCCUACAAAUAUGCAACCUCCACCACCACCUCCUGUUCCCCCUCCAGCAGCGUUUCCCUCUGGAAUACCCCCACCUCCCCUCCCACCAUCUCAACCCCCACUCCCUCCAGGUGCACCUCCAUUACCGCCAAUGGCAGGAGCAGGCAUUCCCCCUUCAGGCCGUCCCCCUCUCCCUCCUAUGCCUCCCACCUCAACUCGCGCCCUACAGCCUCCAUGGCAAGCGGGUGGAAUUCCACCUCCACCCCCAGGUCCCCCCAGUGGAGCAGGACCUGUUCCUCCAUUCCCAGGAAUGUUUCCACCUCCUCCUCCACCUGGAGGAAGGCCACCGCCGCCCAACUGGCGCCCUCCACCACCGAAUUUUGUCGGUAGACCACCGUUUCCCCCAAGAGGUCCACCUCCACCUCCUCCCAGUUUUGAGGGUUAAAUUUGUAUGUUUAGGGAUAAGUUAAUAAAAUGUGUCGUAAUUUUUUUUAAUAAAUGAU